AUGUCAGCUUCAAAGACUUCAGAAGGAGCGUCUGCUGCCCAAGAUAUCGAGAAGUACGAUAUUCCUGAACCAGAGCCAUUUGUCUCCUUCCAAGCCUUAAAGGAUCGCAUCAGACACCACUAUGAGGUUGCUUCUGAUUACUACUACUCUCUCUGGGGUGAGCAUAUUCACCACGGUUACUGGAUUACCCCGGAUGACACCAAAGAGAAAGCACAAGUUCAAUUGAUCGAGCUGCUUCUUCAACGGUCAGAAUUCAAGGCUGGCAGCAAGGUCCUCGAUGUUGGAUGUGGAAUCGGCGGCACUUCUCGCUUCUUGGCUAAGAAUUACGGUUGUGUUGUUACGGGCGUGACGAUCAGUGGACGACAGGUUGAGCUUGCGAAGAAACUUACUUUGGAAGCAAGUCACGAGGAGCAAGCACCAGCCAAUGGUAUCAUGAAACUUGGUGAUGGCUCUGUCCAAUUCAUUGAGCUGGAUGCUGAGAAGAUGGGCGAGUAUUUCAUUGCGGAUGAGAAGGUUGGGAAGUUUGACUAUGUGUGGAUCUCAGAGGCAAUGAGUCACUUCCCAAACAAACCGCUCUUCUUCGAGAACGCGGCCAAGUUAUUGAACCCAGGCGGAAAGCUGAUGGUUGCGGAUUGGUUCAAGAAUUCUGGCUUGAGUGAGGCGGAGUUCAAGGCUGAUAUUUCGCCAAUCGAGGAUGGGAUGCUCCUGCCACCACUGUGUACGCAAUCCGACUACGUCGAGAUGGCCGAGAAAGCUGGAUUUAAGAUCUUUGCGGAGCCACUCGACAUCAGUAAGGAAGUCGCAAAGACAUGGGAUCUUUCCUGGACAUUGAUUCAAAGUCCGGCACUUUGGGCGUUUGCAGUUUCUCAGGGCCGCGACGGACUCGCAUUCUUCCAAUCAUUCCGGGCAAUGAGAAGAGGAUAUGCGAAUGGCUCCUUCCGUUACGCUGUCAUGGUUUUCCAGAAGUGA